UGUGACGAUAUGGUUUAUAUGAAAAAGCUUCCUGGUCGGUAACGAUUAUCUCUUUCUUGUCGGCAUAGCCACCACCAUAUAUAUACACACAUAUUCAGAUUAUAUACUUACAGCUCAAUCUUUCAUAAACAACAAUAAAGAAUGGAGAUUCGAUUGGAUUUCUUGCGGUAUCUUGAAACUGAUGCAGCUGUGAAUAUUCUGGCGUGCUUGGAUGAUACAUCUGAUCUUAUUCGUGCAAGUCUAGUGUCACAUUGCUGGCGUGAUUUCGUGAUUUCAACUGGACUUUGUAAGCACUUGUGUUUGAGAAACUUUCCGCAGCUUGCUAAUAUAGCUUAUGUGACUGAACCAAACCAUGAAGUUAAAAAAUCAACUGAUGCUGGGUCGAGCACUUCUCUGCAAUGGGAAGCUCUUGAAAGGGAGCACAGGGUCUAUGGUUCUUUAUUUAGAGCUCUUACCAAAAUUAAAGCUAUCAAUUGUUUGGAAGAGGCAUUUGGUGCUUCCAGCACAGAUAAUUAUCCGGAAGAAAGCAUAAAUAAUACUUUGGAUCCGAGAGAAGCUAUUCGACGAAGGUACUCAUAUUGGUCAAGUAAAGGACAAAAAAAUCCUAGUGUGCCUGAGACAUUAAUCUACAAACUCAAAGCUGAUAUUUGCGUUAUUACGGAAAUUGGCAUACGGCCUUUCCGCGCGGACUUUCAGCCUGGUCUGCCUAUAUAUUCGGCAAAAUCUGUCCGGUUCCGCAUGGGUCAUCCAAAAUCUCCAACUGAAAUAAGCAAUUUGGAGUGGCCACUGCAGCAACAUGCCGAUGAGAAGAUUAUAUGGACAUACACUUCACCAGUGUAUUCAAUGUCUCAGAUAAAUGUGUUGCAACAUUUCAAGCUACCAGAACCAGUUCUUUGCGUUGGUGGGUUUGUGCAAUUGGAGUUGAUGGGUAGGGUCCAGACUCAGGAGAUGGAUGAGAAAUAUUACAUCUGUGUGUCACAUGUUGAAGUCAUUGGACGUCCGUUGUUCCCUGCAUUUGAUGUUGAUAUCACUGAAUCUUCUGGGAAGUUUAUAUUGAAGUACUAUCCUGAAGCUUUACUGCGAACAAUGUCGACUGUUUCUAAUCCUGUGCACACAGAUGUGGACACAAGAGAGGAUGACGGAGCGUGGGAGCAUUUGCAAGAAUUGGUGGGAUUUUUGAUGCAGAGAAAUGAGGACGACGAUCUUAUCCAAUGGGCUGGCAAUGAUGAUGAUGAGUAAUGUAUAUGCGAAAAGUGUUUAAGCCUUGCCUUCAAGUAUUACUGCAGUACUAAAGUAGCUUGUGGCCCCCUUGUAAGAGUUUAACUAAUGUUUUUCCUGCUGCUCUUUGUAGUGCAUGUAUUUUUUUAAAAAUAUACUUUUAAGAGAAC